CUGCCCACCACCAAGUACCCAGAGGAACUAGAGGAGCCUGGGGCGGAGGGGGAGCCAGAGCUGCCAGCAGCUGAGUGCCUGGAUGAGCUGGAAGGACCGGAGGGACUUUCUCAAGGGACUGGGUAGGAAGGAGCCCAGGAACAGAACUGCACAGUGCGGCAGCAGCGACCGGCUCCGGAGAGCAAGAGCAGCAGCAGCAGCAGCAGCGCCCAGGAUCUAGAAGGACCUCGGGCAGCAGCGAGCCCAGACUGCACGGAGGAGCCAGGUCGGCAACAGCACCAUCACCACCGCGCUGAAUAGAGGAGCCAGGGUCACAGCGGCGCCGGGGACCAGGGGAAUAAGCCCCGACCCCAGGGCGCUAAGAACUCAGCCCCCUGUCCCAAGCUCUGGGCUGGGGAUGGCGAGCCCCACGCUGCUGGGGCUGCUGCCCCCCCUGAACUCCCCUCCUGGUCCUAACCUCAACAACAACAACAACCACCAGAGCGUGAGGAAAUGCGGCUACCUGCGCAAGCAGAAGCACGGGCACAAGCGCUUCUUCGUGCUCAGGGGACCCGGCGGCAGCGGGGAGGAGCAGCCGGGGGCGGGGGGCGCCCGGCUGGAGUACUACGAGAACGAGAAGAAAUGGAAGAACAAGUCGGGGGCUCCCAAGCGGGUGAUCGCGCUGGAUUCCUGCCUCAACAUCAACAAGCGAGCGGACGCCAAGCACAAGUACCUGAUCGCCCUCUACACCAAGGACGAGUACUUCGCCGUGGCGGCCGAGAACGAGCAGGAGCAGGAGGGCUGGUACCGGGCCCUCACCGACCUGCUCAACGAGGGCAAAGCCGCCUGCCAGGGUUCCCCGCUCCGCCACCUCUCCUCGCCCUUCUCCUCCUGCAGUGCCGCCGCCUCCUCCCUGGCCGGCGGCUGCGAGGACCUCAACUACGGGCUGCUCGCCCCGGCCAGCGCUGCCUACCGGGAGGUCUGGCAGGUGACGCUGAAGCCCAAGGGCCUGGGGCAGAGUAAGAACCUGACCGGGGUGCACCGGCUCUGCCUCUCCGCUCGCACCAUCGGCUUCGUGCGCCUCAACUGCGAGCUGCCCUCGGUCACGCUGCAGCUGAUGAACAUCCGCCGCUGCGGCCACUCCGACAGCUUCUUCUUCAUGGAAGUGGGGCGGUCGGCGGCCACCGGGCCCGGCGAGCUCUGGAUGCAGGCGGACGACUCGGUGGUGGCGCAGAACAUCCACGAGACCAUCCUGGGGGCCAUGAAGGCGCUGAAGGAGCUGUCCGAGUUUCGGCCCCGCAGCAAGAGCCAGUCCUCCUCGUCCUCCUCCUCCGGGGGCGCCGGCGGCCCCGGAGCCUCCUCCACCCACCCCAUCACCGUGCCCGGCCGCCGGCACCACCACAUGGUCAACCUGCCGCCCAGCCAGACCGGCCUGCUGCGCCGCUCCCGCACAGACAGCCUGGCGGCCGGGGCCAGCGCCAGCGCCGGCACCAAGGGCACCCCGGGCCGGGUGCGGACGGCCAGCGAAGGGGAUGGCUGCAGAGCGGGCUCGGUCGCCGGCAGCCCCCUGAGCCCCGGCCCGGUGCGGACUCCCUUGAGCCGCUCGCACACUCUCAGUAGCGGCGGCAAGGCGGGGGGGAAGCUGGGGCCGGUGCCCCCCGGGGGCGGCCUGCAGAAUAGUCGCUCCAUGUCUAUGCCCGUGUCUCACUCGCCCCCUGCCGCCACCAGCCCGAUCAGCCUCUCCUCCAGCAGCGGGCUCGGCUCCGAGCCCCCCCACCCGCAGCGCCCGUCCAGCGGCAGCGCCUCGGUGUCGGGCUCCCCCAGCGACCCGGGCUUCAUGUCCUUCGACGAAUACGGCUCCAGCCCGGGCGGCGACCUGCGGCCCUUCUCCUCCACCGCCAGCAACCGCAGCAACACGCCCGAGUCCAUCGCCGAGACCCCCCCGGUGCGGGACCCCGGGAGCGGCGCGGACCUGUACGGCUACAUGGCCAUGGAGCGGCCCCAGAGCGGCCGGCUCUGCUACCGGCCCUGCCCGGACUCGGCGGGGGACAAGGGCCCCAGGAAGCGGACUUACUCGCUGACCACGCCGUGCCGCCAGCGGCCCGCCCCCCCGCAGGUCUCCUCCGCCUCCCUGGACGAGUACACCCUCAUGCGGGCCACCUGCGCCGGCAGCUCCGGCCGCCUCUUCCCCGCGGCCUCCCCCAAAGUGACCUACACCCCCUACCCCGAGGACUACGGGGACAUCGAGAUCGGCUCCCACCGCAGCUCCGGCAGCAGCAGCAGCAACCUGGGGCCGCCGGCAGGGGGCGGCGGAGGAGGGGACGACGGCUACAUGCCCAUGACGCCCGGGGUGGCCGCGGCUUUGGGGCCGGGCGGCCGGGGCGGCGAUGACUACGUGCCCAUGAGCCCCACCAGCGUGUCCGCCCCCAAGCAGAUCCUGCAGCCCCGGGCCGGGGCGGGCGGCGGCUACAAGCCCAGCUCCCCCGGGGAGAGCUCCCCGGACGACAGCGGCUACAUGCGGAUGUGGGGCGGCUCCCGGCUGUCGGUGGAGAGCUCGGACGGGAGGCUGAGCGGCGGCGGCGACUACAUCAACAUGUCCCCGCACGGGCCGCCCGCCGCCUCGCUCACCCCGCCUGACUUCUUCGCCCCGGCUCAGGGCGCUGGAGACCCGCCGAAGGCCGCCUGCACCUGCAGCUCCCUGCCCCGCUCCUGCCCCAGCCAGGAGCCGGCCAAGGACAGUGACCAGUACGUGUUCAUGAGCUCCCCGGGCAGGCUGCUCCCGGAGGAGCCGGCCUGCGGCGUGCGCCCCGCCGCCCCCUCCAGCCACACGGUGCCUUCCCCGCUGCGGCACAGCCGGACCGAGAGCUUCCUGGGCCCGCGGGCGGUGCGGCCCAGCCGCCUGGCCCUGGACACCCUGCGGACGCUGCUGCCCAGCAUGCACGAGCACCCCCUGCCGCCCGAGCCCCAGAGCCCCGGCGAGUACAUCAACAUCGACUUCGGGGAGGCGGCGGCCGCCGACUCGCCGCCCGCCUCGCUGGGCUCGGGCGCCGGGCGGCGGCGCUCCCCCCUCUCCGAUUACAUGAACCUGGACUUGGGCUCGCAGGCGGGCCCGGGGCCGGUGGGCUCCCUGGAGGCGCUCUCCCCGGCGUCCUGCGCCAGCCGCGGCCGGCCCGACGGGCUCUACCUGCAGGCGGUGGGGGUGACCUGCCUGGCCAGCCCGCCCGACGGGGGGGAUUACACCGAAAUGACCUUCGGCCUGGCCGCCACCCCGCCCCAGCCCAUCGCCCAGAAGCCAGAAAGUGCCCGGGUCACCAGCCCCACGGCCGGGGUGAAGAGACUCACCCUGGCCGGGGUGGAGGCUUUCAUCCUCUCCAGCCCGCUCCCGGACCCCAACCGCGGGGCCAAGGUCAUCCGGGCGGAUCCCCAGGGGCGCCGGCGGCACAGCUCGGAGACCUUCUCCUCCACCACCACUGUGACCCCCGUGUCUCCUUCCUUUGCACACAACCCCAAGCGGCACAACUCGGCCUCGGUGGAGAACGUGUCCCUCAGGAAAAGCGAAGGCCUGGAGGAGGAGCAGGGCAGCAGCCCCAUGUGCCGGGAGACCUCCGCCGGCUUCCAGAACGGCCUCAACUACAUCGCCAUAGACGUGGUGGACGGGAGCCUGGCGAACUGUGACAAAGGCAGAGCCAAAGGCAGGCACGCCAUGAAUGGGGACAUCAGUGGAGUGGAGACCAGCGCCUAUGCCAGCAUAGAUUUCCUAGCCCACAACCUGAAAGAAGCAACUGCUAUGAAAGAAAGAAACAGGACUAAUGCCUACUUGGGAGUUAGGUUGGAGAGCAGAGUGAAGGAGUUAGUUUUAUCACCAUGACCUCAAACAACAGAGUACAACAUUGAAAGAAGCUGCUUGGCUUACGUUUUUUUUAAAUCGAAGCUGCUUAAGGUUUACUUUAUUUUUUGUUGUUGGGCCGAAAGGCUACUUAAUUUUUAAAACAGUUACGGACUAUACUGGACAACAAAUCAGCAAGGAAGGGAGAGCAACCUGCCUCACUCAUUUCCUGUCAUUGACAUCUACAGUCUCAUUGUGCUGCUGUUUUGACAGACUUUAUUCAAGAUAUUCACUAGGAAUUUGGAACUUUUCAACCGGCCUCUAACUUAUGGCCAAUGCCUUCAUUUCCUUUUUCUGCAAAGACGCACUGUAUUUAUUCUUCAGCAUAUUAAGGGAUUCUGCAAACACCUGCAAAAGCAGUAAAAUCUGGUAUUUACUGGCAUAAAUUCAAGCCUACCACAGUACUACCUCAGUUCAAAGUAAAGCCGGAUUUGUAUUGUUGGUGUAUAACAGGACCUCCUUUAUCUCUAUGCUGAGUAUCUCUCAAGAACAGUCUUCAGCCUUACUUAACUUUUUUAAGUAUACAGCUGCUGGUUGGUUCUAAAUCACUAGCUGCAGUGUUUACUUAUCAGACAAAGUCCAAUGUGGGAACUGAAAAGUCUAAAAUGAAAUUGAACUUUGUGGAUCGGACUUUGAUGAAAGAUUCCGAAUAGUUAUAAAAUGUGUAACUGAAGCAACGGAAGUUAAAAUAAUCAAACUGCAUUGGGGGGGGGGGGGGUAUCUCUUUUUACCUUUGACACACUUUGUUUAAUCCUCUCUAAGUAGGUGUUUAUGUAGGUACUUCAAAUUGCAAAAGCCUUUUCUGCUAUUUACAAACUCAUACUUGUCAAUUAACCCUGAUCUUCGCUGCAUGUCUCCUAACCAAAAAUCCACACAGGCAUGCUAGGAAUGCAAGGAUGAUGAUAAUAAGUAUUGGGCAGAUUGAAAUCUUAAUUCUAAUAUAUUACUAUGCCAUCCAGAAAGUCCUAAUAUUUGCCUCUUACCAGAAAAGUAGCAUUCCAGCUAAAGGCAUCAUUAAAGGGAAAAAUAAAAGUUGCAGUCACUUAGCCAGAGUUCUUUACAAGAAUGCCCAUGGUUUUUAAUAUUUUCAGUAUUCUGAAAAUACUAGUGAUGUGUGGUGGCUAUUAUUACAAAUGUCACCUACAGUUGUUGCACCAGACUAGCAGAAUGUUCUGUCACAUUGUUGCUCCUUUGGUAAAUUUAAUGAAGAGUUCAUAUACAAUUGUUUUGAAGGGCACCUCCCCAGUGCCUGCUCUGGUGGUCAUGUAAGUAUUACACUAAGUCAUUUGAGUUGUGUGUGAUUUUUUUUUUAAAUUCUCUGUGAUAAGUGGAGAACCUAUACAUCACUAUAAACAGAAUGCAUUAUAUAUAGCUCUAUAUAUUUUGAGGAAGACAAGAGUCAAUGUCUUACAAAUAUAAUGGCAAUGCAAAGUCUUCCUGGUUACAUGCUGAACUUUUAGAACACAGGAUUGUAUUACAAGACAAAGAUGAAUGUAAACUAAUUCCUUUUCCACCCCGCAACACAGGGUGUAAUUUUUUUUUUCCUGUGUAAUUUUCAGGGGUCUCGCAACACAGCAAUGCAUAGGCUGUACAAUAUUGGUCUAAGAUCAAUUUAAAUGUGUUUAUUUGGUUUUUUAAAACCCGUUACAUGUUUCUAAAAUGUUCUAAGUUAGUACUUGUUCAGUUCUGAAACGGAAACAAAUACAAUUGUUGACGUUUGCUCUGUGAACCUCCUGCCCCCUAACAAUAGCACUGAAUGUGGUACCUGCUGAAUGCAAUGUUUUAACUUCUACUUUGAAAUAUCCCUCUGUACCAAUUGUAAAACCAUGCCACUAUAACAAAUGGUUAAUAUUCAUACAACAACUUUUAAAAAAACUUGAUGAUGUACUCAGUUCUCCUCUAUCCUGUAUAUUUCACAAAAGGCAUAUGCAAUAUUUACAUUCUUGAUUUAGUUUACAGAAUGGAACCAAAAUGUAUAAAUGUUAUGUUUGCUAAAACUUCACAAUGUAUAUUGGGUCUUUGUACAUUUUGCCUGACUUACCUUAAAUUUAAAAUAUUUUUUUGCUAUAUAACCUCUAUAGUUAUUAAGCAGUGUUUUUCUUUUUGGGUACGUAUUGUUUAUGGAUAUCAAGAUGUUAAAUAUAUUUCUUGCUAUUGUGAUAUGACAAGAGACUUAACUUAUCUUGCUGUGUCUUCCAAUGUACACGCUGUAUAUAAGGAUAAAUGUGAUGCUGCUGGAGAUGAGAAUAAAUGGAACUAGAGUAGUGUAUUGUAUUUAGUCUGUAUUGAUCAUGGAUGCUCUCCUUAAUAGCCAUAUGCAAUAAAAUAAUUAUUUAUU